AUGCAGAUGGCAGAUUACACGGAGUUACAGGUGGCGCUUAGCAGCCAAGGACAAAUACCUGAACAACAUCACCAGCGUUUUGACUCCGUGACUCAGUCCAUCCAGAAUCUUACGCAGCAGCAGGGGGAGCAGCAAAAACAAUUAAUGCAGAUUUUUGAAAGCAUGAAGGAAAUUACUACCCAACUCCAACGACUCAGCUUCUCUGGCGCACCUAUGGUCACUAACCAGGCUGCUCCCCUCAUGGCAGGUUCCAGUCCGUUUGUUGUCAGCAAGCCGGAUAAAUUUGAUGGCUCGCCUAAUCAGUCUGAGUUUGAUACGUGGGAGGAAAUGCUGUCUUUGCAAGCCAUGCAUGGCACUACCAAAGGUAAGGAUUUGUUUGAGCAAGUUGUUUUGGCUAUGAACAAAUUCGACCUGCAGUUUGACAAGCUAAGUGGACUGGCUACAGACAGAGCCCCAGCCAUGGUUGGCAUGCAGAAAGUAUUGACUGCAUUGGUUAAAAAAGAAAUGAGUCAUCUCAGUCUGGAUCCAAAUGAGUUGGUUGUGUGCCACUGUAUCAUACACCAAGAGAGCCUGUGUGCACAUUCCCUGAAGCUCAAUAAUGUGAUGACUACUGUUGUUUCCACCAUCAACUUCAUUAAAAGCAGAGGACUUAACAGCCACCAGUUUAAAGAGCUACUGAGUGCGCUUGAGUCAGAGUAUAGAGACCUGGUUUACCAUUGUGAGGUGUGGUGGCUGAGCCGUGCAGAUAUGUUUGCACGCUUCUACAACUUGAGGGAAGAAGUAAAGCAGUUCAUGGAGAUGAAGAGCAAACCAGUCACUGAACUCAGUGAUAGCAAGUGGCUGUGUGAUUUGGCCUUCGUGGUGGACAUUACCAAGUACCUCUCAGAACUGAAUGUUAAGCUUCAAGGUCCCAACCAGCUUUUCAGCUCACUGUUUUCAAAUGUGAAAUCAUUUGAAGCUAAAUUGAAGCUGUGGCAAGUGCAACUGGAAAGGGGAAACACUGUGCACUUUCCUACUUUGCAAGAACAAAAGCCUGCUGUGACAUCUGAAUAUGCUGGGGAGUGUGCAAAACUACUCCAGGCCUUUGGAGAGAGGUUCCAGCUGAUGAGAAGUUACGAGAAGGACCUGAACAUAUUUGCAACACCAUUCAAUGUAGAACCAGCUGAUGUGCCUGACAACCUACAGCACAAAAUCAUUGAGCUGCAAAGCAACAAUGAGCUCAAAGCUAGGUACAACAACCUUCCUCUGCUUGAGUUCUACAAACUGUAUAUGUGUCCUGAGGAUUUUCCCACUCUGAGGAGACAUGCACUGAAGUUUGCAUCACUGUUUGGGACAACCGACUGCGGUGAGCAGUUCUUCUCCAAACUGACCCUUGCAAAUAAUCGGUUCCACUCAAGACUGACUGACCCAAACCUGGAAAACCAGCUGCAAGUAGCAUCAUCAUCUGUACCAUCUGACAUCAGAUGCCUCGCCAAAGAGAAGUAG